UAUAGUUUAUUCAAUACCAAGAAAAGAAAAAGCUACCUGACCUACCAGACUGCCCGACAACCCUUUACCAAAGUGAAGGCUAAAUAGAUAAUUUACGCAGAGCAGCAGAAGAAGGGAGAAAUGAAACAGAUGAGUGAGAGAUGAAGAGAGUAGAGCUGAUAUUGGUUCCAACACCAGGAGUGGGCCACUUGGUCACAACCGGCGAAUUCGCAAAGCAUCUUCUCCGUUUCGAUGAUCGAAUUUCAGUCACUAUUCUUCUCAUGAAGUGGUUUCGGGGUUUACCCUAUGCCUACGCCGAAUCGCUUGCUGCUUGCCAACCCGAUCGAAUCCGCCUAAUUCACCUUCCUCAGGUAGAUCCUCCCUCGCAAGAUCUUUAUAAAUUAUCACCAGAGGCCUUUAUCUAUGAAUUCAUCCAAAACUACUUCGCCCCCGUUAGAAAUGCUGUCAGGGAUAUUGUGUCCACGAGAUCUACUUCGGAUCCUGAUUCGGGUUCAGUCCGGGUUGUGGCAUUAGUUAUUGAUUUUUUUUGUUCCCCCAUGGUUGAUAUCGCUACAGAACUGGGUCUUCCUUCUUAUAUAUACUUAACCUCGAAUGCUGCCUUCUUUGGCCUCAUGUUGUACCUAUCAACCCGACAUAGCCAGAACAGCUCGGUAUUUGAAUACCCGAAACCCGAGACAGGAAACAUGGAUCUUGAACAUCUGAUCCCGGGGUUUGUAAAUCCUGUCCCUUCACGUGUUCUGCCUUCGUUUGUGUUCAACGAGAACGGAGGUUAUACCGCACUUGUCAAGAUCGCUAAGAAGUUCAGGCUUGCAAAUGGAAUCAUUGUAAAUACGUUUGAAGAGCUUGAGACUAAUGCUGUAAAUUGUUUUUACAAUGGCCAAAACCCUCCAAUUUAUCCAGUUGGACCAGUGGUUCACCUCGACAGUUUGCCCCACCCUGAGUUGGACCAGGUCCAACGCGACAGGAUCAUGGAAUGGCUCGAUAAUCAGCCUGAAUCAUCAGUGGUUUAUCUUUGCUUCGGAAGCAAGGGUAGCCAUGGUCCACGCCAAGCGAAAGAAAUAGCAUUGGGGCUAGAAAAGAGCGGGCAUAGGUUCUUAUGGUCCUUCCACAUGCCACCACCACGACAUGAUGCUACAGGCCGAACCGUUCAUUACAAGAAUCCCGAGGAAAUGUUGCCACAAGGAUUCAUGGAAAGGAUCCAAGAGAAGGGGAUGAUAUGCGGCUGGGCACCGCAGGUGGAGGUUCUCCGCCACAAGGCGGUCGGAGGGUUCGUAUCUCAUUGCGGUUGGAACUCGAUCCUCGAAAGCUUGUGGUGUGGUGUGCCGAUAGUAACAUGGCCAAUGCAUGCGGAACAACAGCUGAAUGCAUAUCUGAUGAAGGAGAUGGGAUUGGCGGUAGUGAUGAAGUUGGAUUUCAGGGGAGGGACAGGUGAAACUGUGACGGCGGAAGAGAUUGAGGAAGGCCUACGGACGGUUAUGGACGCAGGCUGCGAGGUUAGGAAGAAAGUGAAGGAAAUGGCCGGGAUGGCUCGGAAGGCUGUUAAAGAUGGUGGAUCUUCAUUUAACUCGAUCGGAAGAUUCAUAGGGGAUAUCAUGGGCAACACCUGAUAUCCAUGCAUGUAUGUUAGUCUCGUGUAUAUUGAUAAUGGUACUUGUAAGACAUGGUAUGCUGUUUUUUUUUCAAGUUUUCUUUUGUAUUUGGAGGAUUUUCUUAUGUACUGUAUUAAGUCAUCGCGUCAUGUAGUUCCUCUAGUGAACUUGGACCAUCAAAUUGAAGUUCAAAUGGGCUGUUAAAGCUGCCAUAAAUUGAGGGA